AUGACAAAUAUAACUAGAAAAGUUAAUAUUAAUGAAAAGGAUAGAGAUGGAUUCCUCAUACUCGAGAAUGUAGUUGACAAGGUGUUGGUUAAUAGUAUUGCAUCCAAGAUACCAUCACUCUUUAAAGGUGAUUUUGAAACUGGAAUCUUUCCUGAUGAAUGGCAUUAUAGACCAGGACUAUCAUUAGAGAAUGUAACAAGAGAAAUGGUGAAUGCAUGGAAGUGUGAUCGAUCAAUAGCUAAAUUAGUACUAUGUGAAGAGUUGGGAAAGAUUGCUGCAACGUUGAUGGGUUGGAACGGUGCAAAAGUAGCACAAGACGAUAUAUUUUGGAAACCAUGUCAGGGGAAACCAAUUGGGUUUCACCAAGACCUACCCUACAUGUCAUUCUUUAAUCCAUCGCAAGUUGCAACUGUAUGGAUUGCAUUGGGUGAUGUUAGUCGUGAUAAUGGAACACUGGAAUAUGCAAAGGGGUCACAUCUUUGGACUAUGCGGUCUGGUAUGACUGACCAAUUCCAUGCACCUGAUGACUAUUUACAUACUCUAAACGAUGCUGCUAAACAAUCUGGUAUCGAUCGAUUUGAUAUCUGUCCAGUAGAGGUUGGUGCCGGUGGUCUUUCAAUCCAUCAUGGAAAAACGUGGCAUGGUUCUGCCACCAAUCCAUCAAGCUUUAAAGAACGUAUGAGUAUUGCUAUUCACUAUAUCCCAAGUGACUGUGAAUUCCUCCCUCACAACGUUGGCUAUAUCUAUGGAAGAUACAAGUCUGUUGGCUCAACUAAAAUGGAUGAAUCAUUCUUUCCAAUAACCUAUUCAAAAGAUGGAUAUCGUUCAUCGACCAUUGAUUAUUUUAUAACUAAUCCAACAAUAACCAAGGUCGAUUAG